UGUGUUUGUGCUAAUGUUCCGGACUGUGCACAGCUGGUAAAGACACGCUGUCAACUUUUGACAGCUUCGGAAACUUAACGACACCGUGAUCUGGAACAAACCUCGCAAAGAUGAAUCGAGACUUAAAGUAUUGGAAGGAAGCAGCCACUGUCAUCUUGACUUCGGGUGUUCGAAAUUGUUUUGUGAAUAAAGAUCCUACCAGUACACAGACUUGUCAGCCUCCACGUUCAGUGCCGAAACAAAAAAGAAAUGUAAUUCACUCAUGGUUGGAGAAGCCUGUCUUUGAUUAUGCUGUACUUACGUUACAGCGGAGUGCAAAAAGCAGUUUCUUGCCUCAUGCUCAGGUAUUUCCUGGAGGUACGAUCAGUCCGUCUGAUUUUUCCAGUGAGUGGAUUCAGAUGUUUCAGUCCUUUUGCAAGCCACCUAACUUUAAACUUGGUACAGUCAAACAAACCUCCAAAAGACCUCCAAUUUUUGCAACGGACAGGAGAAAGCUAGGAUCUGAAGUCCCUGGAGAGGUGGCUUUCCGUAUUUGUGCUAUUAGGGAAACUUUUGAAGAAUCAGGGAUUCUACUUGUGAAGCCAAAUACCCCUGAAACAUGUUCGAGCAGCCAAGGAGCCAUAAAGCUCACACAGUACGACCAAAAGGAACUUGCAAAUUGGAGGCUGCUUGUGCAGAAAAAUGCAGCAAAUUUUAUAAAGCUUUGCAAAGAGCUGGACUGUAUACCAAAUAUUUGGGCAUUGAAGGAGUGGAGUAAUUGGUUAACUCCCACUUACUUGGAGAGUAAGCGUUUUGAUACUGCAUUCUUCAUCUGUUGUUUGCAAGAGAUUCCUUUCACAUUGCAAGAUGGUUAUGAAACUGUUUCUCACAACUGGAUGUCCCCACCUGAUUUUGCUGAAGGCUACAUUUCGGGGAAAUUCUACAUCCCUCCCCCGCAGUGGUAUGAACUGAACAGACUCUGCCAAAUACCCCAUUUUCAGGAUCUGCAGCAGUUUAUCCAGCACCGGGCAUUGGAAGGCUGUGAACGAUGGCUUCCAAUUCGUCUUCUUGCUUCUGAUGGCUCUGCGAUUUUGUGUCCUGGGGAUGAACUUUAUCCAGAGGAUCCAGAUUACACAGGAGAAAAGCAGAUGAACAUCAGUUCCCCAAAAACUCUGGAACAAUUGAGGUUAGAGGUUACCAAACUAAAUCGUGCGGAACUGAGAGAUUUGCAUGGCAUAACACUGUACGUGAAUAUUGAGCCACCGUAUAAACACAUCAAUCCACUAAUAGUGAACCCAAUACUUUCCAGUUAUCUGUAAGUUCUUCCAAUGAAUCAACAAAAAUAUCUGUCAAAAAUGUUCUUAAAUGAUCAAAAUUUAUUUUUGAAUGUCUUCAAAUAGAACACGGGUAACAAUAUCAAAAAAGAAUUAGAACAUUACAGCGCACACAGGCACUUCGGCCCUUGAUGUUGCACCCACCUGUGGAACCAAUCUGAAGCCCAUCUAACCUACACUAUUCCAUUCUUUUCCAUAUGCUUGUUCAAUGACCAUUUAAUUGCCCUUAAAGUUGGUGAGUCUACUUCUAUUGGAGACAGUGCAUUCCAUACCCCUACUAUUCUGAGUACAGAAACUCAGUCUGACAUCUGCCCUACAUCUAUCGCCCCUCAAUUCAAAGCUAUAUUCCCGUGUGCUAGCCAUCACCAUCAGAGGAAAAGGCUGUCACUGUCCAACCUGUCUAACCCUCUGAUUAUCUUAUGUCUCAAUUAAGUCACUUCUCCACCUUCUCUCUAACGAAAACAGUCUCACAUCCCUCAGCCUUUCCUCGUAAGACCUUCCCUCCAUUCCAGGCAACAUCCUAGUAAAUCUUCUCUGAACCCUUUCCAAAGCUUCCGCGUCCUUCCUAUAUUGCGGUGACCAGAACUGUACACAAUACUCCAAAUGUGGCCACACCAGAGUUUUGUACAGCUGCAGGAUGAUCUCAUGGUUCCAAAUCUCAAUCCCUCUACCAAUAAAAGCUAACGCACUGUAUGCCUUCUUAACAACACAAUCAACCUAGGUGGCAACUUUUAAGGAUCUGUGUACUUGGACACAGAUCACUCUGCUCAUCUACACCAUCAAGAAUCUUGCUCAAUAAUCUGUAUUCCUGUUACUCCUUCCAAAGUGAAUCACCUCACGUUAUUGUGCAUUAAACUCCAUUUGCCACCUCUCAGCCCAGCUCUGAAGCUUAUCUAUGUCUCUUUGUAAUCGAUAACAUCCUUCAUUAUGUUGGGAUAUAUAUCUAUACGCCGAGGGAGGGUAGACCUGUAGUUGCUGCUUGGGAAAUCGGGGGGCGUUGCGGAGCUGCUGUUUGGACUGUUUACCGAAACUGCCUGUGCAGCUGGACUACCAAGGUCAGACCAAUACAAUGGCAGCCUUUACUCGGAGACCUUGUUUACAAGACAGACCAUCUCGUGGAUACCUGCCAAGGCCGAGGCCUGUUCACAGGAAGCCUUUGUCUGUGAGAGAUCACGUGUGUGAGUGAUUACGUAGCGUUAGCUUAGCAAACAAUAUAU